AUGUCAAAUCUAUAUCAACCCACUGGUAUAAACGUUCUUGUGAAUAGCAACUUGUGCGCCAUCAAGUACCCCCCCCCCAUUCCGAAUCGCCGCCGAAACUUUUUGGGUGAAUAUCAAUUCCGUCCUUCCGGUUCUUCCGUCAAUUUCACCUUAAUCGACGCUCUGACUUCAGACAAAGGCCCCAAUAUUCGCCUUGCCGAACAUUCUCCAUCCACUAGCGAGCCUGAAACACAUAGUGGAUUGUGGUCAGAGGGGAAUCUUGUAGUGGAUGUGAGCGACGACAUUGUCCAAAGUCGUGAUGGAUCGACGAAAGUCACAAGCUAUCGAGGCACAUCGUGGAACACCCAAUCAUUAAGCGGAACAAUGUAUACCAUCCGAAAUGGUAAAGAAGUACCUGUCGGUAACGCUGUGGUGAGCGCAAGUAUAAUCCCCAAGAGGACUCUGGUGGCGAGCACGGAUAUCGCCCCUGGAUCAUACUGGUUUCACUCCGAAGGUCUUGAACGGGGUAUAAAGGGACUAGAGUCAUACGACAGAAAAGCGAUCGUAAGGGAACUGUCGGUCCAAUCAAGUUGGUAUGCAUACUCCAACCCAAAUUCUGACCGCGAGGAGGGUAUACGAUAUGUAUCGUCCCGCAAUAGACCAAGAGAUUUGGCAGGUAUGAUCAGCGGUACGUUGAAUUAUAGGAUGAUGGAUGCAAAAGAUGCCAAGUCGAUGGAUAAAGAGGAUUGGGAUCGUUACGAUAUUGAUUUAGACUUCGAGGUGAAGGAGCAGGUUGUGAACUAG